GUUUUGUAUUCUAUAAAAUAUAAGGUAAACCAAACAAAGCCCUCUGUGCUUAUAUGUGGCAUUACAGGCUGGGGUGUGCAUAUCAAGUUUGUGCUAACAAAAGCAGUGAGAGAAUAGACUACUAGAGCAAAGUUCUUUGAAGAGAAUCAACAUAGGUCAUCAUGUUUUCUUCUGCAUUUGCCCUAUCCCUUGUAUUACUAGCCUUCUCCUCCAACUUAGCUAAGGCAAUCAAAAAAGAAAAACGCAACCCACAGACACUAUCACGAGGGUGGGGCGAUGACAUUACAUGGGUUCAAACCUAUGAAGAAGGACUUUAUAAUGCUAAGAAAAGUAAUAAACCUCUUAUGGUAAUUCAUCAUUUGGAAGAAUGUCAGUAUUGCCAAGCAUUAAAGAAAGCAUUCUCAGAAAACAGCGAAGCACAGGAAUUAGCACAAGAAAAAUUUAUAAUGCUCAAUCUUAUGCAUGAAACUACAGAUAAAAACCUUGCGCCUGAUGGGCAAUAUGUACCCCGAAUUAUGUUUAUUGAUCCAUCGCUUACAGUUAGAGCAGACAUCACGGGAAGAUACUCAAAUCGUCUUUACACUUAUGAACCGCAAGACAUUUCAUUAUUGAUAGAAAACAUGAAGAAAGCCUUACGUCUUGUUCAAACCGAAUUAUAAAAUAAACCAGCUAUAUCAUUACUGACACUGUAUUAUACUAGUUUAUGUAUCUCUACCUCUGCGGCCUUAAUACUAAUGAAGGAGAACAGUGGAAAAGGAAAUAAAAUUGGUUUUUUUUUAUAUUUUAAACUGGAAA